AUGACAAUAAAAGAAACCACGAGAAGAUCAAGAAGUUCGUGUCAACUACUGACUGCGGGCCAGUCAAGAGACAGACACUCAAGAAAGCUGAACAUCCAGAAGAGGAAGAACCUUUGUACAUGUGGGUACUUCAGGAAAGAAAUAGCUGUAGAAUACACAAUGAAUGACAUGGGUAUACUGCUGAAAAGUUUACAUUGUGUUAUUACUGAUGGAGCACCAGCAAUGUUAUCGGAAGCACCAGGUUUUACGGGGCGAAUGAAAAUAAAAGUACGCGACGCUGGGCUACCUCCGAUAUCAUCGGUACACUGCAUAUUACAUCCGGAACAACUAUGUGCAAAAACCUUCCGUAAUUUCAAAUCUAUUAUGGAUGUAGUAAUAACAUGUGUCAAUUUCUGUAGAGAGGUCUCAACCACGGCAGUUUGA